AUGUUUGGAGCCAAACCAACCACAGGAUUCACUUUAGGAUUACAGAACCAGAACCCAGCUCCUACAACAUCAUCUGGCUUCACUUUAAAUUUUGGUAAGCCUGCUGGAUCUGCUACACCUUUUUCUCUGACUACGACUACUACCUCAUCCACAGGCCUUUCUUUGCCCUCUUCUUUGACAUCUACCCCAGCAACAGGCACUGGGUUUUCAUUGAAUUUGAACAGUGGUACAGCAGCUACAACUACAGCAUCCACUGGCUUGACACUCGGUCUUACUGGGUCACUUUUUCAAAACACCAAUCCAGCCACAUCAGGUCUUGGACAGAACCCAUUGGGUCUAACAGCACCAGCAACACAGACUACUUCAAAUGAUGGUCUUGGUGGCAUAGAUUUCAGCAGUUCGUCAGACAAAAAAAGUGAUAAAACUGGAACCCGACCUGAAGACAGCAAAGCACUUAAGGAUGAAAAUCUACCUCAAGUAAUCUGCCAAGAUGUAGAAAAUUUUCAAAAGUUUGUGAAGGAACAGAAACAGGUGCAAGAAGAGAUCAGCAGAAUGUCUUCUAAAGCUAUGAUGAAAGUUGAGGAAGAUAUCAAAGCCUUGAAGCAACUUUUAUCAGUUGCCUCCAGUGGCCUUCAGAGAAACACUCUGGCUAUUGACAAACUGAAAAUUGAAACUGCUCAGGAACUUAAAAAUGCUGAAAUAGCUUUAAGAACACAGAAGACACCGCCAGGUCUGCAGCAUGAAAAUACAGCACCAUUAGACUACUUCCGGGUUUUAGUGGAGCAGUUUGAAGUCCAGUUACAGCAAUACAGGCAGCAGAUUGAGGAGCUGGAAAACCACCUGGCAACACAAGCAAACAGCUCACACUUAACGCCACAAGACCUAUCCAUGGCAAUGCAGAAGCUCUACCAGACAUUUGUGGCCUUAGCAGCCCAGCUGCAGUCCAUACAUGAAAGUGUUAAGAUGCUCAAAGAAAAGUACCUUAGCUACCGGAAGACAUUCUUGGGUGAUUCCACUGAUGUAUUUGAGGCACGGAGAGCUGAAGCCAAGAAGUGGCAAAGUGCCCCUCGCAUAACCACCGGGCCCACACCCUUUGGCAGUGUACCAAACGCAGCAGCUGUGGCGAUGGCUGCAACCCUGACCCAGCAGCAGCAGCCUGCUACAGGAUUUGGAAGUAGCUCGGCUUUCGGAAGCAGCUCAUCUGGUACCAACUCUUUUGGCUUUGGAACUGCAAAUAAACCAUCAGGAAGCCUCAGUGCAGGAUUUGGCACUUCAUCUACAUCUGGAUUUAACUUCAGCAGUCCCGGCAUCACUGCAUCAGCUGGCUUAACCUUCGGAGUAUCUAACCCCUCAUCUACCAAUUUUGGGACCGGAUCACAGCUGCUACAGCUUAAGAAGCCCCCAGUUGGAAACAAGCGAGGGAAAAGAUAG